CAUGGCGGGCAGGCGGUCUUACGAGUUGGAACAGUGACACGUCACAACUGUACACGUGACCCGUGUCACCUGCGCAAGAAGGCGGAAGUAGCUGAUCCGGCAGCAGCUGACGUUGGAGAGUGAGGGGCAGACGGCAGACUGGGACCUGAUCGGCGGGGAAAAUGAUUUCGGAAGGAGGCUCUUUUAUGCGGGGCAUGCUGAUAGGAGGUGCGUUUUGUCUAGUGGUUACUCUUCUUGGACACAUAAAGUUGAACCAUGAACCUACAGCCCCCCAUGAACACCACCACAUCCAGGCACCUAAUAAGGAGGACGUGUUGAAGCUUUCAGAUGCAGAACGAAUGGAGUUGAGUAAGAGCAUGCGGGUCUACUGUAUUAUACUUGUGAAACCCAAAGACCUGAGCCUGUGGGCCGCUGUCAGAACCACAUGGAGCAAGCACUGUGACCAGGCGGACUACUACAGCUCUGAACAGGUCAAAGUCUUUGAAUCCAUUUCGGUUGACAGCAGUGACAUGUGGAUUAUGAUGAGGAAAGCUAUCCAAAUGGCAUAUGAGAAACAUCAACAGGAGUUUAACUGGUUUUUUAUCGCUCAACCCUCCACUUUCGCCAUCAUUGAAAAUCUAAAGUAUUUUCUUUUGAAGAAAAAUCCGUCGGAACCUUUCUACAUUGGGCAUACUGUAAAAGAUGGAGAUUUAGAUUAUGCUGAUUUAGCAGGUGGUAUUGUGCUAAGUAUCGGAUCAGUAAACCGGCUUAUCAGUGUCAUGAAUGAACCGGAUAAGUGUCCAGAAACAGGUGGCAUAAUAUGGAAAGUUCCUGGAGAUAAGCAAUUGGCCAUGUGCCUGAAGUAUAAAGGAGUGGUUGCAGAAAAUGCUGAAGACUCUGAAGGGAAGAACGUCUUCAACACUAAAUCUGUAGGAACCUUAAUAAAGGAAGCCAUGGCAAGUGAUCCUCAAAAAGUUGUCGAGGGCUGUUGCUCAGACAUGGCGAUCACAUUCAGUGGACUAGCUCCAAACCACAUGCAAGUUAUGAUGUAUGGUGUGUACAGGCUACGAGCCUUUGGGCACAGCUUCAACGAUGCGCUGGUGUUCUUACCACCUCCUAACUCUGAUAAUGACUGAAGAGCAGAACGUCUUCUCCAUCCACUGCAGUAAUACCUACACUGUAGAGUAUUUAAUCCUGACUUCUGGAGGGAAGGACUUUAGAAGAAACCAAUCAUAUAUGGUGGCUAUAUUUAUUUAACAGAAGACCAUAUCUGGGAGGUAGUACUUGAUCUGUGUACAUUUGUAAUUUACAUUUCCUUUUCUGUACAGUAUAGACGUCUUUUGAUAAGGUCAGGACUGCAAAAAUACUUGUUUUACUACACAAACUUCAACUGAUUUUACAUGGUGAUGACUUUUGCACUCAAAUUCUAUUUUUCUACUUCAUAAAGAACUGGGUUCAUAUAUCGGGUGGUAAGCAAGCUUUGUACAAUUCGUCAUGCUGCUCCCUAUGGGAGAGUGUAAAUGACCUUACGUGUCUGUCACCUAGAUCGUACAUGGGUGGUGUUGCCAAAUGACGUUUUUUUGUGUUAAAGUGUACUUUCUUACAUUCCCUUACUACCACAAGGCUCUAACUCCAUUACCUCAUACACAUGACUCCUAUAACAAGCAUAGGGCUGCUUCGUAUAAUAGCGUUAGUACAUAAGAUGUCUCCUGUCACAACCUCCUAGUAUUUCAGAUGUUUCAUUGACAGUAUUUCUAAUAGCUGGAGCACUGGUGUCGUCUUCAUUUUCAUGUCAAAUACAUAAGGCUGGUGAAUAAGUAAUGUAGGGGCAUUACAUCUUCCCCUUCUGCACCAUUGUCUUUUGGUGAUGUAAGGAUAUGUAAGCUCAAUGAACAUGUUUUAUUACGUACAUAUCUAUUGUGGACAUGUGUAACUAUGAUGUAUGUGAUAUGUUUUUGACAUACUCUCUUUGUAGAUUCUGUUAACCGAAUUGUUUUCCAUUACUGGCAUCUGUCAGAGAAAACACCCAUCAUGGGUGUAAUGGUUCCGUUACAAAAGAACAGAAGCCAUGAAGGCAGUGUGAACAGAGCUUUAUUCACAGUUUCUGGCUAGCUUUUAAUCAAAUCUGUCAUGAGCAGGGCUCAAGUGCUACAGGAACGUGUGGGAACUGAGUUCCUGCACUUUUUCCACAGCAGGAAUGCUGUUGCCAUUAGAAGUAGUCCUUCAGGACCAGCUCUUGAGUGUAAUUCUUGAAUGAGUUCCCUCACUUUUUUUUCCCCAGGACUUGACCCCUGGUCAGGAGGCAGCAUGCAGUAGGGACAGGUUCUUUGUGACAACCAUAGUUUAAACAGGAACAGUGAUCAGACAAGGCUUGUCUCCACCUGCUGGGUUUGUUGUACAAGUCUCUACAGAGAAACAAGUACAAUGGUCCCUCAACAUACGAUGGUAAUCCGUUCCAAACGGACCAUCGUUUGUUGAAACCAUCAUAUGUUGAGGGAUCUGUGCAAUGUAAAGUAUAGGACAGUGGUCUACAACCUGCGGAGCUCCAGAUGUUGCAAAACUACAACACCCAGCAUGCCCGGACAGCCAACGGAGUUGUAGUUUUGCAACAUCUGGAGGUCCGCAGGUUGAAGACCACUGGUAAUGGAGGUUAUACUCACGCGUCCCCGCCACUCCGGACCAUCACCGCUGCCCUGGAUGUCGCCUUCCAUCGCUGUCCCUGGGGUGUCCCCGACGCUCCGGCAAGGCCUCUGCUUCCCCGGCAUUCUCGCUCUCCGUCGCCGCCAUCACGUCGCUACGUACGCCGCUCCUAUUGGAUGAUGGGACGGCGUGCGCGGCGACGUGAUGACGACGAUGGAGAGCGCCGACGAUGCAGGGGAUCCCGAAGAGGACGCGCCGGAGCCUCGAGGACAGGUAAGUGAUCGUCAGCGGACCACACGGGGCACCGUAAACGGCUAUCGGGCGGCAGCUGAAGCAGUCUGCACUGUCGGAUAGCCGUUUAUGCGAUGGCCCCGACCUACAAAAGCAUCGUAUGUUGAUGCUGCCUUCAACAUGCGAUGGCCUCUGAGAGGCCAUCGUAUGUUGAAAUGAUCGUAAGUCGGGGGGGGGGGUCACUGUAUAGAGACCGGUCAAUCAAACCCAGCUGGGUGAGGAGAAGCCGUCAAGAACUUCUCAGAUGCCCUUUCACCGAUUUCAGCUAAACUGAGUCCUCUGAAAUGCCACAGCUUUUCUGAGUCCAUUGUGGCUGGUUGGAUUGAGGACAAUGUGGUUCUGUGGUCCACAGGAGUAGUCCAGCAUAAUAAAACUUGUCAGAUUGCUGGGGGUCCGACCACUGGGACCCCACAGAGAUCUCCCACAUGGCACCUCUGUUCUCUGCAUGAUUGAUGUGUGUCGACACGUCCCCUCCAUGCAUCUCUAUAGGAUAUAGCCAAACGCUGUAUCUCUGCCUCUCGCACAGAGAUACAUGGAGGGGACAUGUUGGCCACCGCUUCAUGCCAUGGUCAGCACACCUUCAUUCAUGAGGAGAGCGGAGUGCCUGCAGAUAGGGGAUAAGUUGUAAAGAGGACUGGUUAGCUCUCCUGACAUGUCUGUUUUAGUAAAUCCUUGUAUUCUUCGUGAAAUAAUUCUGGAUCAUAUUUUUUUUAAUGCAUCAUGCCAUUCCUCUGUUAUUCCUCCUAAAAGUAUGCAUGGCCACUAGAGGUUGUACUGAUACAACAUAGCACAUGUUGGACCGUACCAGAGUAUAGGGACAUUCUUCAUUGACAAGGGGAAAGGUAACGCCCAUUUGUCAAUUUAUUUACAAACUUCCUAAAAGGAAUAAAAGAGGAGCAACACAAUGCAGAGUUCUUAGCAAAGAUGCUGUAUGAAAAAGGGGAAAAAAUGAUUACUCUCCUCUAGCUUAAUCUAAUAUUUACUAUUAGAUGCGAAGGUAUCAAUUAUUUAUAUCUUUAUUUAUUACAGUAUAAAUGAUAUUAGACCAAGCUAGAGUAAUUGUUUUUCAAUAUGGAGAAUGUACCGCUGACUCGCAUGGCCCCGACCCGGAGAUCCAGCAGCUGCAACUUCAGAUACAAUUUCUUACUUUAUUGGUGCUUCAGGACUUCUCUAAACACAUUUAGAUCCUUUCCGGAUAUAUGUCAGAGUGGAUUGAAAUGCGUCAAGCGCAAUCCUUGUGCUUUUAUUUUAAGUUGCGGGUGCCUAGUUCUUCAUUAACAGUACUUGGCUUUACUUUUCUUCCUAAUUCUGUUGUGAUGUCUAUCUUUAUUUGCAUAUAUACUUUCUCCGGCACGCAAUGGCACUAAACCUGCCCCCUUCGGCCAAUAACCCUGCCCCUUCAUGGACAUGCUGAUGGAAAGGAGAAUAAUAUUUAUAAAGGGGAGGAGGUAUUGUCCAAAGGGGCAAUGUUAUUGUCGGAGCAGGCGGGAGAAAGCAUUCACAUCCAGCAGCAGCCAGCUCUAGUGCAGUUAUGGAGUAAAAAGCAUAUUAGCAACAAGAAGAAUAUCUCCUGAACAUCUGCAUCGAUUUUUAACCCCGUUUAUUCAGGCUAGUGCGGCCAUACUAGAAGUGCUUCUUGCAGAAGUCCCUAAAGUGCACAGAUGGUAGACAAUGGGGUUCGGUGUAGUGAUAGGUAGGUAGAUGUGUGUUCACAGGACAAAUGGUAAAUAAGAGCUUUAUUUUAAAGAGGUCCUCUGUGAUUAAUACAUAAUGCUAAUGUAACUCUCUACCUAGCAUUGCUGAAUGAUUUCUGCAUAUACUGUCCAUGCUGAGAUUAUGGUACUGUAUUUGUUUGUGCAUCUCUUACGGUCGCACUGGAUGUAUUGAACUCUUUACACAGUGCAAUCUCAGUCUGUGCAUUAAAGGGGUACUCUGCUGCUCAGCGUUUGGAACAAACUGUUCCGAACGCUGGAGCUGGCGCCAGGAGCUCCUGACAUCAUAACCCCUCCCACUCAUGUCACACCACACCUCAAUGCAAGUCUAUGGGAGGGGGCGUGACUGCUCUCACGCCCCCUCCCAAAGACUUGCUUUGAGGGGGCGGGGUUAUGACAUCACGAGCUCCCGACUCCAGCUUUCGAGAGCAGUUUGUUUGAAACGCUGAGCAGCGGAGUACCCCUUUUAAGAAGGAGCCACAGUUCUAACCGUCUCAUUGGUAUAAUGUAUCUCAAAUGUAUAAUGUGAACUUAGAUAAAGUUUCCUGUAGUGGGAUGAGUUAUAGGGGUUGUCCCAAGAAUUAAUAAUAUAGAAGAAACAAUCUUUUUCCUUCCCAAGUUAACACAGUAUCAGAAUUUGAUUUUAAACUAUUGAAAACUUGGCCUUAUCUACUUUAUUAUGCAGACAACAAGUUCUGGAGCGGUGGCUUUUUUUUUUUUUAGAACUUCUUUUAAGUUUGCCCUUGGUCUGACCAUCAUUCCUAUGGUAGCUGGUCACAUGUUAAAAAUAUCUGCUAAAACGGGAAUAUUUGACUUAAAAGGGGUACUCCGCUGCUCAGCGUUUGGAACAAACUGUUCCGAACGCUGGA